GUCGUAACUAUCCAGAAUUUAAACGAAAGAAUUCGGAGCGACAAUUGCAGCCAAUACAUUCUCAUGAUGAUCAUCUGGAAGAGUGGAAAAAAGAUAUAUUCUUGGAUUMUCGGUUCUAUCUGGCUUUCAUACCUUUUUGGUUUCUGGGACCGGGGCCAUACCACUAUUACUCCGUUCGUUGAUGCGCGACCCGUGACUUCCUUCCAGCUUGCUACGGGAGAGUGGGAUAUUUCGAUGAGAGGAAGCUACUGGAUGRACCCUUCCUUUGUGUUCCCAUCGGUUGCCGACCUCCAUGCAUCGCCAGCGACAAGACCGAACCCGGGGRAAAAACAGAGGUCGAUASCGCUCGUGAAACGACGGCCCUGGGGAUCUUCGUUGGAUUGCACGCUUUCCCUGGCUUCCGACGGGACCUUCGUGUUGACACCGAAGCAAACCACAAGUACAGAUGAAGGGCAGAGAUCGGUCUCGACAGAAGCUGAAGCUGACAAAACAAUUACGAACAGUCGUCCUAACCUAUUUGCGAGACGAAAAAAGCAAGCAGGAACGAUCCAAAGCCGUUUGCUACAUGUUCGUGGGACCUGGAGAGUUUUGCCGAAUCCUUACUGCGUGACCGAUCGCUUUUAUGACGAGGUAUCACUCACAGCCUACCCCCGCCAAAAAGUAGCGGCAUUAGGGGGGGAAGAGACCAAUAUUGAUGCUGAGGAAGGCGUGUUACGGACGGUGCAAUUGACAAUGAAUUGCCGCAUAUGGGGCAGGCACAUGCACAAUCGUCAACGAGAAGCUGGUGGAACAAAGCCAUAUCGAAUGACGCACGGAACAUUGGUAUGCAAUGAUGUUUAUACAGGUGAUAACCAUACACGGUGGUGGAGAGCAUUUUUUCGCCCUGUCCUAGCUUCGUUCUCGGCAGUGCGCUGUUCCGACGAUCCGAAACACGAGGGAUGGAUUGAUAAGGAACGGUAUGGGUACUAAAACGGAAGAAAAAAAAAAACAUAAUAGAAUAAUACAUUAUAG